CGGACUCUUUUAAGAUUAUUCUUAUUUUUGAAACUCGAGAAGAGGCCGCUGGGCUUGCUCAUGUCUCAUCUCACCGUGUCCUUGGUAUCGCACUACCUCCAAGCGACGCGAAGAAACCCUUUUUCAUCAGUUCACUGGCUUUCGAGCGCGUGAUUGGAGAAGAAGCAAGAACAACAACAACAGCAGCAGCUCCACGUCUGGUGGUCGACGUGAUUCCAUCGAUUUCUUCGUCUCACUUGACACGUCGCGCGCCUUGUACUCUCGCGCACACGGCUAAUUUCGACUCGAGCCUCGACUCGAACGAAGACGGCCAGCUGCUACCUGCUGUUGUCGUCGGAUGCCGCCUCUUCACCUGUGUUGUCACCGACCCGUCCGAGAUGGCACUCGCGCAGAGCUGGUGGAGUUGCUGGUGGAGGGCGGAGCAGCGCACGGAAGGGACAUGGCCGACAACUUGAGCAUACCAUCCAAGCGCAUCACCCGUAUAGAAGUGGUAUCGUAAGAGACCUGACGCGCCGUGCUGAAGCAAGACUGAGGCGCGCGCUUUUUGUGUGGCUUUAAUAACGCUGCCUCGAAAGUCGGGUCACUGCUGACAUCUGGCGUACAGCGACUCGCGGCGGCAACCAAGACGCCCCCGAGACUGUCUGCACGGGCGAAUGGCAGUGUUUGGGUCUAUUCCUGGACAUCUGAUCCAUGCGAGGACAAUGAGAGACUGUCGUCGCGCGAGGGUGGACAGCGGCCACAGACAUGUCACGGGGAAGACAAAGAGACAUUUCCAACCGCGACGCCAUCUCCACGCUCUUUGUCUCUGCAUCCAAGACACGCAUUGAGAGAUCUCAUUUCGGUCUGGGACAAGGAGACUGGCCACAGAAUGAAUGGUAUAUCCUUGUGAGCCCACGACAUCGAGCCUGAACAUCUUCAUCACCAUCCUUCCAGACUCAAGCUUGACUCAGUUAUCAACUACUCAGCCUACGCAGGUCGCAGGUCACUUUGACAAGUACUCAAUUGAUACAUAGGUAGCCCCAGCACAACGAGAAUGGCCCCAUCAACGCGCCGAAACAGCGCCCUCGCGAAGAAAAUCGCCACUCUGCAACUUCGUCUCGCCCCAUUAGUUCCCUUACCAGCUGGACCGCCCCAUCCAGCUUUCCCGGAUACUCUUCUCGCAUUCCACCUGCUCACCGAGGCGGAGCUCGACAGUAUCGCGCAUUAUUACCACCAGUCCACUCCCUCACAAUG